CGGAGUCUGGGCCGGGUGCGGGCGCACAGCUGGAACCCGCGGCGGAGGCUCCGGCGAGCUCAGCCCCGGAUCCAGGCGGCCCAGGCGGCCCAGGCGGCCCAGGCGGCCGCACCAUGGACUCGGGGACCGACGAGUACGAGCUCAACGGCGUCCUGCCCCCGGGUACGUCCGGCUCCCCGGACACCUCGCUGCCCCGCUGGGGCUGGAGGCACAGGCCCAUCAACGUGAACCAUUACGCCAACAAGAAGAGUGCGGCGGAGAGCAUGCUGGAUAUCGCGCUGCUGAUGGCCAACGCGUCCCAGCUGAAGGCCAUUGUGGAACAGGGCCCCAGCUUCGCCUUCUACGUGCCCCUGGUGGUCCUCAUCUCCAUCUCCCUGGCACUGCAGAUUGGCGUAGGGGUGCUGCUCAUCUUCCUCGUCAAGUACGACCUUAACAACCCGGCCAAGCAUGCCAAGCUGGACUUCCUCAACAACCUGGCCACAGGCCUGGUGUUCAUCAUCGUGGUGGUCAACAUCUUCAUCACGGCCUUCGGGGUCCAGAAGCCCUUGAUGGACAUGGCGCCCCAGCAGUAGGGCACCCAGGACCCUGGAUGCUGCUUGCCCUGCAGCUCAGCUGCCCGACCCCAGGAGACGCUGUACCCAUGAGGUGUCCACCUUGCUGCACAUGGCACUCCCCAGACUGCCAGAGCCCAGGCUGGCCUCAUCUCCAUUGUGUCCCUG